AUGGCAGAUAUUACAUUAGAAAAUAUCAAAUAUGCACAUUCACCAAUAACAGAAUUUAAAGCCAGGAAAUUGAUAAGAGAAUAUCUAUUUGAUAUAAAAGAUAAUAUAAAACUUUGUAUGAAAUUAGAUGCGGAAAUUUAUUACAAGUUUUUAAUACAGCCACACAAAAAAAAUGAAGAUUAUAAAAAAGAUGAAAAAGAUGAAGAAAGUGUUUUGCGAAAUUAUGCUGCAGAAUUAGUGGAAUAUGAUGAUAUGAUAGAACUUCAGAAAGGAUCUCAAUAUAAUUGGCAAGAAACGAUAUUCGAAUGGAUUUUAUCACUCAAAAAUAAACAUAUUACUUAUAAUCAUGCAGUUAUUUUCGAUGUACAUUCAAUUAUUAAUAUUGAAAAAAUUCAAGAAACUUUGAGAAAUUUAAAAAUCAAUGUAUUUGAUUUUACUGAAGAUCAAAGCAAGAAUCUCGUUUGGGGACAUUUUGAAGAUACUAAAAAUAGUAAUAUGUUCGCCGUAAUUGGGGAGGGAGCUAUUUCACAAAUGUUAAGUUACAAAAAUAAAAUUGAUCAUUUUGACAAUGUGAUAUCUCAACUUUACUAUUAUUAUCAAGAAAAUCCAAAUGAAAAUCCACUUUACUUUGUAAAUGAUAACAUAGGAGUAUUUGAUUGGACAUAUUCUGAAGAAAUUGAUCCGGUUGAUGAAGAUGAUGCUAUAAUUGCAAUUGUAAAUAUUUAUUCGAGUGAAGAAAUGUUAAAUUUAUUUACACGUCUGAAUUUUCAGAGAAUCAAAGUCUGUCAGCCACAAAAUUUAUCAAUUGCUGUUAUUACUAGUAGUUUCUUAUAUAAUAAUAUGUUGGAAAAUGUUCUUCCUUAUUAUGAUUGGUUGUUUUGGAUGGAUAUGGAUGCAAUAAUUGCUAAUCCUAAUAUUACUAUUGAAAGUCUUUUGGAUAAAUUUAGAUUAAUGGUAGAAGAUUUUGAGGAUAUAGAUUUUGAUGAUAUAGAUUUAAUAGUGGCUAAACCAUCACAUGAUCACACUAUUAAUGCUGGAAUAUUUUUGAUAAGGAAUUCAGAUUGGAGUAAAGAAUUUUUGGAAGAUGUACAAUUACAACAACAAUAUUUUAAAACAAAGAUGUAUGAACAAGGUGCAAUGUGGGAUUUAAUACAAGAACCAAAAUAUAAAUCUAAAGUAAUGUUAGAUCGAGAUGAUCAUACAUUCAAUACAUUCCCUAAAAAUUAUGUUUCUGGUGAUUUUAUUAUUCAUUUUGCACCCGAUGGAUGUCCCGCCGAAUCGAUUCUUGAUGCAUUCGUUAAAUUAGAGGAAUACCAAAAUAAUCCUGACAUGGAAAUUUCAUUUUAA